UACCUACUCAAAUAUACGUGAGGUAUGUACCUACGGCGCCUCUAGUAGUGCCACUGCUCCGGCUUGGAGGACGUCUGGGCAAUCACCAGUGAAAGUGACCUUCCUGCCUAGGUAUUUUGUAGCUGGUAGCUGGUACCCUGCUAUCAAGUCUCAGCUUGCUUAUAUAAGUCGUCUUGCCGUGGGACAAGAAAUUGCUGACAGUAUACGUACCGGUAUUUGACAAAAGCCAACAAAACGUCUACCCAUGUACGUCUUUAGUUUCGGGUGCAGUGCCUGAAAACAACCUUGGCUCAGGGCUCUUGACGCGUAAUCAUUUGGCGCAGAGAUAUUUCCGGUGUACAUGUCGAUGCUCACUCAACAUACCGUUAUGGUAGGUAGGUAGGUACGCUUUUCUAUGUGAACAGCUGGUACUAGGCAACUCACCAGAUUCGAGGCUCAAAGGUACGAUUACUUCCAGAAGCCUCUUGCAGCCGACACCUAUACCGUAAAUGUGCUGCACCUGACCUGCAGCUCCUCAGUUGUGAGCCGUGACCCUUCCCCUCGAAAUUGGCAGAAGUACUUGAGAACAGGAGCAUUUCAAACAGAUGCCCAUUCCACUUUCAGGAAGCUCAGCAGCCCCCUAAUUUGCUCGUUGUAGUCUCCGCCCGUUGCAAGCAUGGCCAAGCUGCUCCUUGCGCUCGUUCUCCUCUCGGCGCUGUGCGGUCUGCAAACCGCCCACGCUGCGGGGCGCGGCCUUCUUCAGGCAGCUCCCAAUGGUACCAUCACCUCCUUUGUGCCAGUUCGUUCGACCGUCCAGGGCUACCUGCUGGUGACGGACGGGGUAACCAACGGCCAGGUUACGGUCAUUGACCUGAGGACCGGCGCCAUUAACGAGACCCUCCAGCUGGCCAACUCCUCUGUGUCGGUCUAUGCCAGCUCCAUGGGCCGUUAUGCUUACAUCCUCCAGCGCACGGCCAACGUGACGACCGUAUAUGACAGCCAGAUGUAUAUUGAGUUCCAUGAGGACCACUGGCACUUGGAACAAGAUGCGGCUCCAGGGCUCACGACCCGCACUAUCCCCGGGGCAGCCCCGACUCACUUUGUCCAGCGGGCGCGGAAUGCCGCCAUCUUCCAUGACCAAUCCGGCGAAGUGACCCUGCUCAACGAGGUGCUCUUCGAGAACGCGACCUAUACGACCAGAUCCUUCAAGGUGGAUCCGCACCACGGUGCGGCGGUGCCCCUGAGGGGCAACUUUUAUGUCGUUACGCACGCGAACCAGACCGCCGUUGCUGCCGGGAGAUCGUCUCUGCCCAGCGGAGUGCUGGUCCACUUCGAGAACGGUUCCCUCGCGUAUGACGGCGCCAGCACGGCAUGCCCCGGUCUCCACGGGAGUGCGACCAACGGUUACCACGCACUCUUCGGCUGCCGGGACGGCAUUCUGGUCGUGACCUACACAGCUCCCGCUAACCUGACCCACACCAAGAUCCCGUACCCUGUUGCGGGCGUGUACACUGGCAGCCUGUACGGACACGCAAUGUACAAGACGUUCUUCGGCUCGACAAGCGCCGGCGAGGACUCCGUGGGCAUCCACGCGUUCGACCCCGUGAAGCUGACCGCCACUCUAGUUAUCAAUGCGACCGCCGAUGGUGACAUCAUCUCGACUGCCUACGAUCCGGCCGGCGCGUUCUUCGCCGUUCUUUCCGCGGGCAACGACGGCACUCUGACCCUGCUCAACCCCCAGACGGGCGCCGUCCUCCGCCGCGCGACCGGGGUUUUGGGCGCGCCCGCGCCGGAGGCCGAGGGCGACGAUCACUCCGCUGUUCUGCCCGUCAUUCAGGCUGGUCUCGGAAGGAUCUACAUUUCCAACCCUGAGGCGGGCGUCGUGAACGAGCAUCACGCGGACAACUUCGAACUUCUCCGCGCGUUCAACCUGGGCGGACACCCAUACCGUAUGGCAAUUCUUGGACCCACUCAGUACUGGGACUACCUGUACCAGCACUAGCUGACACGUGGCAGCAAUCGGCCCAUCGAACUGGGCAUAAGCUAUACAAGUCGCUACCUUAUAUUUCGUCGGAAGAAGUUUGCAAACAGAGCUUGAACAUAAUGAAGUUAACAGCGCAGAAGUAUUGCUGCUGUUGGCUGUUUCGGCGCAAGGUUCGUGAACGAUUAUUUGAUUACGUAGGCUGAUAAAUUGGAGCAAUUUCAGGCGGCCUGAAAUCCGCUCUGAAUAAGGUUUGUUACGAGUGUUUUGAAUCGUAAAGUCCAAUAGGCAGGGAAGAACCGUACGGGCGCCAGAUGCCCAUAUUUCUUCUCGCAGUGUCGAUCUAAAAUCAAGAGAGUGUUGGUAAAGCUAGAGAUUGUGAGUGUGAUCGUUGUUCGUUUGCUUCGGUUCCACGUUUGGAGGCAUCUUUUGACGGCCUGCUUGACACAUGAUUGCCCCGUCUAGAAUGGUCCUCGGUUGCAUAGAUCAUUCGUCACUGAAAGACGGGUGAAAAAGACAAUGACCAACAAUGUAACAGUGCUUGUGGAAGAACCCAUGUAAUUGUCUGACAUGUAAGUUCGAACAACUGGAGAAUAUACCACAUUUACU